UACUUUCAUACUUUCACAUCAGACGAAAUACUGGACAGGAUUGUCACCACCACAAAUUCAAAUAACCAACCCGAACUCUUGUACGUUAAAGAAGAAAAAUGCUAUGAAUCACCAAAGAUAGACAUGGCUUAUAUGAUUCAAGUCAUAAAUUCCCUUUUGCAUCUUUCCAUUCUGUUUCUGAGUCUUUAAAAUUAACACCAAAAAGAAACUCCACAUUUUACUCUCGUACAAUCCACCGGUCCCUCUCUUGAUAUUGCACACGAACCUCUUCCUACGCAUUGCUCCCACCCAUCGAGUUCACUUCCCUAAAAAAGAAUACAAAUCGACCGCAUUUGGAUUUACAUUUCACCUUAACUCUACUUACCACCAACUUGAUCCUUUCUUUACAUCUUUUGAUGGCCUCGAAUACCGUACCUUCCCAUUAAACUACUUCAACCAGACCACUCACUCGCUACAUACCUACCCUCAAAACUACGAGAAUCUCCUUCCCUCAACAUAUAUUCUUCUCUUAAUUUUAAUGAAAAGAUGUCUGAUAACGAGCAUCAACAACAUCAUUCCGAUGCAGAAAAAGAUUCAAUAAUGGGAGAAACAGAGAAGAGGGUUGAGCAGAGUUCGGAUCAUGAGAGUGUUCGUUCAUAUCCUUUAUUUACUUUCAUUCCCCUAUGUGUCCUGUCCUCCGUCCAAGUAGCACAACAGCUAUCUACCUGCAUUGAACUGCAACCAGCCAUUUACUAACUUUCACCCUUAUUUGUAGGACAUGUUCGAAGAUGCCAAUGAUGUUGAAGACCUCACAGAUACUCCCACUUCCCCAAUUGAGAGAACCAGGUCUUUGACGAAACGAAGAUCAUCAUCUAUUAAGAGCAAUACACAAGAUACCAGUAGCGAUAUUUCAUCGGUCCCAACAGUACCACUUCCAGAACAAAACGGCGAAACGAAUGACGAACAAUUAGAAUCCGAUAAUCCACCACCUAAAUCCCCCCUUUUAACAUCCCAUCGCAUGUCCACUUCUUCCCUUCAUAAUGUGAAUCUCGAAGACGGCGAUGAUUUUGGAUCACCUCCACCACCUCCUCCCCUUUCGAAAGGUAGCUACCCGUCUCUAUUAUUUGACAGUUUGGCAGCUCAGUACUGAUACACGAGUUUGUAGUAGCACCAGAGGAAAUGACACCUGAUCAACCACCCGAAUUACCACCAAAACCCAGCAUAAUAACUCCAAUGCAAGGUCUUUCGGGAAUCCUUCCAGAUGUGCCAUUCUCACCGCCACCACCCCCUCCUCCUGCUCCCGCCCCUGCCAACCUUCCUGCGCCCGCACCCGUUACAAGAAAAUUAACUAGUCCAUUUUCAUGGCUAUCAAGAAAUACCUCGGCUCCAAAAGAGAACGUAAAAUCGUCACCAUUGCCCUCACCUCACGCGAAUGAGCGAAGACAUACCGCUUCCUCGAUAGCAACCGUCGGCAGUAAUUCCGAAAUGAUGCUAAGUAAAUUGGAGGAAGGCAAUGAAACAGAUACCACGAAUGGGGUCAGACGACCUGGGAGAAAUAGUCUGCGGGACAGAUUUAAGCUUGUGAGAAUGCGAGAGGAAGCUGGUAUUACAGAGUUGCCUGAAGAACAGGACGAGGCAGGCAAUACAGCAUUUGGAGGACUUAUUAGACAGAGUACAACUCUUGGUAUGGGAUUUACAGGCUCUCACGACGACAAAGACCACUCACCCAACAGUGCUGUUCCACCUACGACUCAUAAUCCAGUCAGUGUCAACCCAGCAUUGGCCCCCGGUACGGCGUCUGGGGUUUCUGCGGGCCCGUCUGCGAUGGGUGAUCCAGAAGCACCGGUCGAUUGGGAUUUGUGGCAAAAUGUUGUGUACGAAGGACCAGCCGCGGUAGCAAGAACAAGUGCAGAAGAACUCAAUCAAGCUAUCGCAACUGGUAUACCGCAUGCUAUUAGAGGUGUGGUAUGGCAAGUCUUGGCAGAAAGUAAGAACGAAGAGCUUGAGGUUCUCUAUAGAAGCUUGGUAAAUCGAGGUACAGACAAGGACAAGGACAGGAUGAGUACAUCCAGCGGAGGGCAAAGCAACGGAUCAAUAAAGGAGACUGUGGUUUCAUCAGCAUCAUCGAUACAUUCUGAGAAAUCUACUCCGGCAACUACUCUCACCAAUGGGAUGAGAUCUCCCUCUCCACCGAGCGAGAAAGAUGUAGCAUUGUCUUUAGCUGAAAAGAAAAAGAAAGCCAAGGAGGAUGCGGCGGCUUUGACAAAACUCGAGAGAGCCAUCAAGCGAGACUUGGGUGCUCGAACAAGUUAUUCAAAAUUUGCUGCAAGUGCUGGACUUCAAGAUGGAUUAUUCGGUUUAUGCAAGGCAUAUGCUCUUUAUGAUGAAGGAGUUGGCUACGCACAAGGCAUGAACUUUUUAGUCAUGCCUCUGCUGUUUAACGUAAGCUACCAAAGUCCUAUUUCCAAACAAUUUCUGACGUUCAAUAGAUGCCCGAAGAAGAAGCAUUCUGUCUAUUAGUACGACUUAUGAAUCACUAUCACCUUAGAGAUCUUUUUAUUCAGGAUAUGCCAGGUCUACAUAAGCAUCUUUAUCAAUUCGAGAGAUUAUUAGAAGAUUUCGAACCGGCACUGUAUUGCCAUCUCCAUCGACGUCAAGUUACACCUCAUUUAUACGCAACACAAUGGUUCCUUACUCUUUUCGCCUAUCGUUUCCCAUUACAACUUGUGCUUCGAAUUUAUGAUCUCAUUCUUAGCGAAGGUCUAGAGGCUAUUCUCAAAUUCGGCAUCGUACUCAUGCAAAAGAAUGCGGCCCACCUUCUUACACUCACUGAUAUGGCUGCAAUGACCACAUUCCUUAAGGAUCGACUUUUUGAUGUUUAUAUUGAUGCUUCUCCUUCAGCAGGAUCAAUACUGGAAAAUGGUUUCUUCGGAAAUUCUGGCGCGAGUAUUGAUAAAGAAGUUUAUCGAGCGGAUCAUAUGAUUCAAGAUGCUUGUGCUGUGAAGAUAACUCCAAAAAUGUUAGAAACAUACGCAUUAGAAUGGGAAGAAAAAACCAAAUUGGAGAAAGAUCGGGAAGCAGAGCUAGAAAAUCUUAAGUUGACAAAUAUCUCCCUUACACACAAAGUUCGACGUCUGGAAGAAAGAGUGGAAUCUCAUGAUACCGAGCACGCGGCCUUGGCUACUGAGCUUGUUCGUACUAAAGUCGAAAAUCAGGAAAUACAUGAAGAAAUCGAGACACUGAGAGAACAAGUUAAGGAGUUAAAAAAUGUGAUUGAAAGGCAACCUGACGAAAUCGAAGCAAAAUUACAGAGUGAGAUGGAUCGAUUAAUGAAGAGAAAUCAAGAAGUCCAUGAGGAAAAUCAAAAACUCGAGGAUGAAAUGAAUGAAAUGGAGCAAAAUCUGGUGGAAACAAAGAUGAAAUACGCCGAGGUAAAUUGACAUUCCCAUUUUAUACCGAAUGAAUAAAAGUACUAAUCAAUCUUAUAGAUUAAUGCUGCUCAUGAAGCUUUAAAUCGAAAAUGGACGGAUUUGAGGAAAGCAUUGGGCGAUUAAUAUCGCUGUAAAUUACAAAUACCAAAUAUCAAAUAUCAAAAUCAUUAAAUUCGACUUGUACAGUUCCCCUUUUAAAUGAUACUGAUGCUUUGAACUUCUUCUUUUUGACGUGUUGAUUGCGUGCAUGGAUGGAUGGAUGGAUGGAUUGAUGGAUUGAUGGAUUGAUGGAUGGAAAGAAGUUUAUUAUAGAAUGCUUUCUUAGGUAUCUCAUAGAAGCUUGUUUGCUUGUUUGUUUGUUUUCUUACUUGUUUUCUUUGCUAGCUGGAUGGAUGAUUGGAUGGAUGGAUGAAUAGAUGAAUAGAUAGAUGGAUGGUU